CUGGCUUCUAAAAUGGAAACUUUUAUCAGUCUUCAACAAUAUUGAACGCUCUUUUGUACUGUUAAUUGAUUUGCCUUUCAUUAAGUAGAUUUAUAUGUUGCAUUUUUAGCUAUAAAUUGUCUUCAUCAUGUCAUGUUAUAAAGUGAAAGUGAAGUGGGGCAAGGAAACCUACCCUGAUGUUGAGCUGGACACAAGUGAAUCCCCUGAAGUAUUUCAGGCACAAGUUUAUGCUCUGACGGGAGUGCAGAUCAGCCGACAGAAGCUACUUCUCAAAGGCACUACUCUUAAGUCUGACACUUGGGAGGGAGCCAAACUCAAAGAUGGCGCUCUGGUUGUGCUGAUGGGCAGCAGAGAUGAAGAUGCUCUACAGGAGCCUCAGCAGAAGCCUGUGUUUUUGGAGGAUUUGUCAGAGGACCAGACCAAUGUUGCUCUGGACAUGCCUGUUGGCAUCAAGAAUCUGGGCAACACUUGCUACCUGAACGCUGUGGUGCAGUGCCUCAAGACUGUCCCCGAGCUACACAAGACCAUCUGCAAAUUUGACCCACAAAAUGAUGCCACUAGCAGAGUGCCAUCAACGAACGCCAUGCUGAUGGUGAGCAUCAGGCGGUGUUUUGAGGAGAUGGACAAGGGCGAAACGCCCAUGCCGGUCAUCAUGGUGCAGCUCUUCAGAACUUGCUUCCCAAGAUUUGCCGAGAAAGGUGCCCAGGGCAGCUACAUGCAGCAGGACGCAUCCGAGUGCUGGACGGAGCUGCUGCGCAUGAUGCAGGAAUGUCUGGGGCCCAUCCAGCCUGAGCUCAGCAAGCCUUGCUUCAGGUCGUCACUUGUGGAGCAAUACAUGAACGGGGAAAUGGAGAGCGUGUGGACGUGUACUGAAGAAGGUGGAGAAGCUCCCACCACCACCGUCAGCACCUUCAACCAGCUGUCUUGUCACAUCAGCACGGACGUCAACCACCUUCACACCGGUCUUCUAUCCAGACUCACUGAGACCAUCAGCAAACACUCGCCCGCGCUGGGCAAGGACGCGAGCUUCACGAAAAAGUCGCUCAUCACGCGCCUCCCUGCAUACCUCGCCGUCGACAUGGUCAGGUUUUACUACAAAGAAAAAGAGGCAGUCAACGCCAAGAUAUUGAAGGACGUGAAGUUCUCGUUGGUGCUUGACGUGUUCGAGCUGUGCAGUCCCAAGCUGCAGCGGCGCAUGGCGCCCUACAGGGUCCACUACAAGGACAUGGAAGAGCGAGAGAAGCUGGAGGCCAGGAUGCGCAAAUCUGGAAAAUCGGUUCCUGAGAGCGAGCAGCCAAAGCUCAAAACUAUCCCUUACUACUUUGAAGACGAUGUUGGGUCGUGCAACAGCGGCUUCUAUCAGCUGCAAGCCGUGCUGACUCACCAGGGCAGGACGUCGUCUUCAGGCCACUACGUGGCGUGGGUGCGCUUCAAGGACGGCCACUGGCUGAAGUGUGACGAUGAUGACGUGACCGCGGUCACUGAGGAGGAGAUCUUACGUCUCUCAGGAGGCGGUGACUGGCACUGCGCGUACAUGUUGCUCUACGGCCCCCGCCCCCUCACUGUGCCUGAGGAUGUCGUCAUCGAGAAGGUUUCUGAAGAGGAGGUGCCAGGCCAUUCUGACGAAAAGAAGGAUAUUGAAACCGACCACUUGUCUAAGGAUGAGAAAAUGGAAACGUAAUUAUUUAUGUUGUAUGAUCGCGAAUAAAUUUUUCUUGAAAUA